UGGAUUAAAUGCUGAAGUUGCACCAUCAUAAUGGGAAUUUUAAAUUGGAAUUGCGGAAGGCAUUGAAAUAGGAGAUCAUAUGUGGUUGGCAAGAUAUAAUUUAGAAAGAAUUGGGGAAGAAUUUGGAAUCGAUAUCAACUACGAUCCUAAACCAAUAUUAGGUGAUUGGAAUGGAAGUGGAGCUCAUUGCAAUUAUUCGACAGUUACAACUAGAUCUGAAGGAGGAUAUAGAUAUAUUGUAGAUAAAUUAAUGCCUAUUCUUAAAGAAAUCAUCUUGAAAUGAUUAGGUUAUACGGAUAAAAGAACGAGCUUACAUUAAGAAGUAGACAUGAGACAGGAAAAUAUGACUAAUUCACUUGGGGAGAUGGAUCAAGAGGGAGUUCUGUUAGAGUACCAAUAAUCACAAAAGAAUUAGGAUAAGGGUAUUUUUUAAUUAUCACCAUGUUUAGAUAUUUUGAAGAUAGAAGACCAGCUGCUAAUAUUGAUCCAUAUUUGGUUUCUGCAGCUCUAGUUGAUGUAACUUGUUUAAACAGUGAACAUCUUAAAUAAUUGAAUUCAAUUUUUUAAGACUCUCUAAAGCCUCAAGGAUAAUAAAUAUUUUAAAUAUAGGAGGAAUAAUUCUAGCAAUAAAAAGAAUGA